CACAAAUAUCAAUCUCCAUCCUAGAUUUCUGUUGAUUCUCUUUCUUUGAGAAUCCCGAGUCUAGUCGAUACCAGCUUUCCUUUCAAACAAACGAUCACCAGGCGCAGUCUUCAGUCGAAGUUCUGCCCUCUUUUUUUCGCUUCCUUCACCCCGCGAUUUAUCACUUCUAGGUCGAGCCGAGCUUGAUCUAGAUUUUCAAAAGCCUCAACCGCAAUCAUGGCUGACAAGGGUCUUGAGGAUGUCCCUGAGACACAGAUUGAGACUAACUAUGACGAGACCGUCGACUCCUUCGAUGACAUGAACCUCAAGUCUGAGCUCCUCCGAGGCAUCUACGCCUACGGUUUCGAGCGCCCCUCUGCUAUUCAGCAGCGUGCUAUCAUGCCCGUCAUUAAGGGUCACGAUGUCAUCGCCCAGGCCCAGUCCGGAACUGGAAAGACCGCCACCUUCUCUAUCUCUGUCCUCCAGAAGAUCGACACCAACGUCAAGGCUUGUCAGGCCCUGAUCCUUGCUCCCACUCGUGAGCUUGCUCAGCAGAUUCAGAAGGUUGUCGUCGCUAUUGGCGACUUCAUGAACAUUGAGUGCCACGCCUGCAUUGGUGGUACCAGUGUCCGUGAUGACAUGAAGGCCCUCGCCGACGGCCCCCAGGUCGUUGUCGGUACCCCCGGUCGUGUCCAGGACAUGAUCCAGCGUCGUUUCCUCAAGACCGACAGCAUGAAGAUGUUCGUUCUCGACGAGGCCGAUGAGAUGCUUUCUCGUGGUUUCACCGAGCAGAUCUACGACAUCUUCCAGCUCCUCCCUCAGUCCACCCAGGUCGUCCUCCUUUCCGCCACCAUGCCCCAGGACGUCCUUGAGGUCACCACCAAGUUCAUGCGCGACCCUGUCCGCAUUCUCGUCAAGAAGGACGAGCUUACCCUGGAGGGUAUCAAGCAGUUCUACAUUGCUGUUGAGAAGGAAGAGUGGAAGCUUGACACUCUCUCCGACUUGUACGAGACCGUCACCAUCACCCAGGCCGUCAUCUUCUGCAACACCCGCAGAAAGGUCGACUGGCUCACCGACAAGCUCACUGCCCGUGACUUCACUGUCUCCGCCAUGCACGGUGACAUGGACCAGGCUCAGCGUGACCUGAUCAUGAAGGAGUUCCGAUCCGGUUCUUCUCGUGUCCUGAUUGCCACUGACCUUCUGGCCCGUGGUAUCGAUGUCCAGCAGGUGUCCCUGGUCAUCAACUACGAUCUCCCCGCCAACCGUGAGAACUACAUCCACCGAAUUGGUCGUGGUGGUCGUUUCGGCCGAAAGGGUGUCGCCAUUAACUUCGUCACCGCUGAUGACGUUCGCAUGCUGCGUGAGAUAGAAAGCUUUUACAGCACUCAGGUCGACGAGAUGCCCAUGAACGUUGCCGAUCUUAUCUAAGCUUGAAACGAAAAAAGCGAAAAAAAAGAGCAACACGGAUCGUCUAAAAUCCGUUUUUCUGGCUGUUCAGCCAGCUGUUUACGACCAGACGACUCAGGGCAGCCUGAAAUCUUGGGGAGGGUUUUACGGGGGAAUCUCUUGUGGCAGUUGUUGAUAGAUCUCGUUUCUAGAGUUUCGCCUGGAAAGGCGGCAGGCUUUUUAUACCACGCUGCGCUGCUGCCAGUCCGGAAGACGAAACAGGGGGGAGAUUCCGACUUGGCCGCAUGACUGGGCUUCGGGGCAAUCCUCUGCGCCUUGAUCUCUUUGGGAGGUGCAUAUGGGGCUACCAAAAAGUAAUGCAAUGGUUCUUCAAACCUGCUCUUUGUCUGUAUUUAGGGUGCCGUUAUCAUGAUGAAUGCUUUUCUUUUUAUCUUUC